GUUUUGGAAUUGGGAUGAGAUCUUGAUUCUUGAAUUAAAAAGAAAAAGCAAACGAUGCAAAAAUUUCAUUCAACCGGGAAGAGAUAUGGAGAUGUCCACUAACAUAUUUGGCACGAAAUUCAAAACCCUCAAAAUCUUCCCCACAAUUCAACCAAGCGCGCCUUUUACCCCCAAUUUCUUGCCCCCAAAAACCAUUUACGAGAUUUCUACAACUCUUGAUUCAAUUGCAGUAGCAACAAAGCUCACUCCUUUCUUCACCCUGUGUUCAUCUAUUGUUGCUUGCACAAUUCACUCAAUAGCCCAAAACUUUAACAAAUUUUUUUUUGAAUCUUUCCUUCCACCUUAUAGGGUUUUCGGUUGUUUCUGGAUCUGUACCCGUGUUUCUAUAUACAUACAUAAAUAGCGUCUGAAUUCAAACACGAAUCUACGCUUACACAACGAAUCUACGCUUACACAGGUUUUGAAUUAUCGACUUUUGUGGGUUUUAAUGGCUUCCGAUAUGGAAACCCUAGAGAGUGAAAAACAAGAAGACGUUCCCGACGUCGAAAUGAAGGACAAGGAGGAAUCCGAAAAGAAAGGCGAAGAAGAGCAAGAGACUAAAGAAAAAGACGAAGAGAGCGAGGAUGAAGAAGAAGCUAAAGACGAAGAGAGCGAAGAUGAAGAAGAAGAAGAUAGCGCGAAAAAAGCCGAAGGCAGCUGGAAGAAAAAGAAGACCGAUUCGAGUUCUAAAUCACCUGCUACGCCGACUGAGAGGCCAACCAGGGAAAGGAAGACCGCCGAACGCUAUACGACAAUCUUUCUGCUAGCAAACCGAUUUCCAUACAACAAGGCCCCGGAUCUCAGCUCAAGAAAAUUCCAAGCGGUGCAUAUCUUGAUCAUCUCUGUGCUUGAUUUAUGUUCGGUUCUAAAGUUGGAUUUGAAAAAUUAUCAAAAAGAAUAAACCCUCGAAGCUCUUUAAUCAUUCAUAGGGAAAAAACUAUAAUAACAGUACAUGAUUGUUCUCUAUACUUUCUUGUGAGAUUCUUGCAGAAAUUUGAAGCUUAUAACUUCUGAGAGAUAGGUUAGUUUGAUGUAUAGGUUAGAGUGAGUUUUUUUCUGAGUUGUAAUUGUAUCCAAGAAUUAUUGACAUAAUAUGAGAGUUCUUUUUUACUUUUGGGUUGAAUUUAUGUAUUUUGACAUCAUGUUUGAUUCCUUUCUAAUAGAAACUUAUCAUGUUGGUAAA